AUGGCAGUAUCCGUUUCCAUAGCUGAUGGCCCUACAGUUGCUAUUGUGGACUCUGGACCGUCGUCGCCAUUUGUAGGUUUGUGUGCCAAAAGCGAAUGCGCUUGCUCUGGGAUAAGAGAGAUCAUUCCAGAAGAGGAAGCCGAGGAAACUGAGGAGGAUGUAGGAGGCGAUAAAUUAGGGGCCAAUCAUGGAGAGGAUGACGAGAGUGCUGAAAACGACCCCCAGGAUCAACACCCCAGAGCGGUGAAGCAUUAUGUGGGAGAGUAUAGCUUGUAUUCUAAUGGCGCUCUAUCCCCGGAUUGUGAAGGAGAAUCAGGUGAGAUGGCUCGGGUCCAUAAGGUUGUAGGCUCUGGAGAGAACAUGACCCGUGCCGCAGUGGUAGUGGCUGUAGGCAGUUCUCUAUUGAGUUGGGUGGUUCUAUCAGACGAUACCACAGCGGUGGCAUGGUCUGCAGGAUGCGUAUUGGAGCCAGUAUGGUGCUCAGAAACAGGGGCGGUGCGUCUGUUGCUGAAGUCCGUAUCCUCACCUGCCGAAGAUGUUGAUGAUGAAAUUCCAGAUAAGAAAAUAAUAGGUGUGGAACCUGGACUUGAUUCCAAGAUCUCCUGGACUCUACUCAAGUCAAGAUAUAUGCUCCGCCUCCGUCUUGUAGCAGCAGCGGCAGUAGGCCCCUCUGACAUGUCUGUAUCGUUAUCCCGUUCCUCGUCAUCAUCAUCAUCCGCAUCACCUUCGACGCCUUCACUAUAG